AGAUGUGGAGCCCGAUGGCCUGCAGAAGCAGGCCGACCACUGCAAUGACCGCCGCAUGGCGUCCAAGCGCGUUCAGGAGCUCAGUACCAGCCUCUUCUUUGCCAUCCUGGUCAAGGAGAGUGGCCCACUGGAGUCGGAAGCCAUGGUGAUGGGCAUCCUGAACCAAGCCUUCGAUGUGCUGGUGCUGCGCUAUGGGGUACAGAAGCGCAUCUACAGUAAUGCACUGCCCCUGCGGUCCCACCACUUCCAGAAGGUGGGCAGGAAGCCGGAGCUCACGCUCGUCUGGGAGCCUGAGGAUGAGGAACAGGAGCCAGUGCAGCAGGUGGUCAGCAUCUUCAGCCUGGUGGAGGUGGUGCUGCGGGCAGAGGCCACGGCCCUCAAGUACAGCGCCAUCCUGAAGCGACCCGGCACCGAGGGCCUCCUGGACCGGCAGGACGAGCAGCGCUGUGAUGCCCACGAGGAGGAGCAGGACUGAGGCCGCCAACCUGGCCGCGCCCCUCCCCCACCUGCCGCACCUGCUGGCUUUUAGGAAUAGCAGCCUUUGACACCGAUGGGGAUUUUUAAUUUGGUUUUUAACAACUCAGGGUUUGGUUUUUAUUUUUUCAUUCUAUUUUAUUUCUGCAGCUCAGUUUUUAAACGGGAGGGCGGAGGGUGGGGCUGGACGGAAGGCUGAGGCCAGUACUCGGCAGCACAGAGCUAGAUCCGGUCCUCCUGGGAGGCCAGCCCCGCUUCUGCCAGGUUACCCACUGCCCUCCCCUGCCCAGGAAACCAGGGGUCUUCAACAAAUCAGUGUCAUGGAAUAAAACCAAGUGUG